AUGAAUCUUAGCAUCAUAAUAUGCCGAUCACCUUUUUUAUGGAAUCAAUCUAGUCUAGAAAGUCAACGGCCGGUACUCUAUGUAUGCAUCAUUGCUACCUUCACUCAUUCUCUCUUUUGGCUUCAAGUUCUCUUCUUUUCGUCUAUCCGACAGAAAUCUAUGCAAUGGAUCUAUGCGUAUCUCACUACGGACAUUCUUCUCCUCGUUCGAUUUUUCUUCCUCUUUUUCAUACAUACGUUAUCGACCGACUGCUAUCCUCCUCAAUUUUGGUAUACGUUUGUCGUGUAUUUCGAAGCAAUAGCUGACAAUUAUCUAAACAUUCUCGAAGUAUAUAUCUUACUAGCAUUGAAUAUUUGUCGACACAUGCAAAUUGCUCAAAAUAGAAAUGUCUAUCGAACGAAUGUACGAUUGUUGACUAUGUCACAUCUUGCUAUUUAUAUCAUUCCUUUGGUUAUAUUGGUCAUCCAGAUUCCAUUCGGUUGGGCGACUUUACGCGUGGAUGAAGGCGGAGUUUUUGAUAUCGCGUAUACGAACACCUAUGCAGAAGUAUUCAAUGUUAUCAUUGCUUUUUUUCUGCCGAUCAGUCUCAAUGUGAUUAUUAUUUAUAGAAGUGUUCAUUAUAUUCGAUUGACUUCGCAUUUGCGCAGAAAUCGACAUCAUGUUUCCGCACGAGAGAAAUAUCAUCGAUCUUUAGUAAUUCAAUUUCUUGUUUUCUAUACCAUCUGGCUUUUGCUCUGGGCUCCAAAUAUUAUCAUUUAUCAGUUUACUAGUGGUCGAGAUCUUGCAGUAUUCGUUGGUCAACUGUUGAAUUUUAUGGAAAUCACCAUCGAUCCACUGAUUAUUGCUGGAUUGGACAUACGCUUUUAUCAAGUGUGGAAAAAGCUCUGGAUACGAGUGAAAAAUCGAACUAUGAGAGAAUUACGAGUCGACCACAGACGAAUCGCACCAACAGUAGUGAGAACUGUGCAGCAGACAGUUCAGCAUCAAUAUCCUCAUUAA